GCAUACAUGUUCUUAUACUUAUGUGUGUGCUAUUUAGCUGAAAUUUGUUAUACAAUAUUCAUUAAAAAUACAAAAAAAGUAUUCAUUUAUAAUUAUUUAUAAAGUUAAAAAUACAUUCCUGGUGUAUUUAUUUCGAUUUAAAUAUAAAAAGUUUAUAUUUUAUAAAAAAUAAUAUUAAUUGUAGAUAAAUUCGAUAAAAAUAAUCGAUUUUAUCCAAUAUGAUAUCUACUAUCAUACCAAACACCGAAACUUAUGAGAUAGAAAAACAAAUACAAGUUGAAAAUGAUACGGAAGAACAACAAAUAUCUUUAAAUAAUUGCAUUAUAGAAGAAAAUAAAAACGCAGUGAUUGAUACUAUGAUACUUGAAGAAAGCAAUAAUGAUAGAAAAAAACUUCGUAGUGGAAAAUACAUUAGUACGAACACAUCUAGUUUGAGUAAAAUUAAUGGAGAUUUAAAUAAAUAUGGAUUAUCACAACAAAGAAUGCAAUCUGUUAAAAAAUCUGUUAAAAGAAAAAGUAAUGGAGUUGAAGAAUUGGAAACAAAAUCUCUUAUGUUAGCACAAAACGAAAAAGUACUAUGUGAUAAUAAAUCUGAUUUGAAACAAAUGCAAUCAGAUUCAAGUGAUGAAUCUGAAAGUAAUAUUCUUAAAAAAAAUAAAACUGAAAAUAAUAAUAUAAUUAAUACAGAAGAAUCAAAAAUAAUGCAUCAGAAACCCUUUAAUGUUCAUCAAAAAUGUGAAUAUUGUUGUCAGAAAUUAACAAGUAUAGAUAUAAAAAUAUAUCCAGGUCAUCCUAAUAAUGCAGUAGAAGAAAUGAUUGCAUUAACAGAUCCUAGAUUAUCUUUAUUCACAGGAGAAGAAAUUGUAAUACAUGAAAGUGAUGAAAGACCACAAAAUAAAAUUACUCAUUUCUGCGUUUAUGAUAAAAAUGGACAUUUAUGUUCUUUUGACACUGGUUUGAUAGAAAAAAAUGUGAUACUUUAUUUUUCUGGGUAUAUGAAACCUAUUUAUGAAGAAAACUCAUGUCCAGAAGGAGGUGUGCCUACAAAAGACAUGGGACCAAUAAAUGAAUGGUGGGUGUCAGGAUUUGAUGGUGGUGAAUUGGCACUUGUAGGAUUUACUACAGCAUUUGCAGAAUAUAUAUUGAUGGAACCUGCUGAAGUAUAUUCACCAUUUAUGGAUUCUGUAAAGGAAAAAAUUUACAUGAGCAAAAUAGUUAUAGAAUUUUUAUUAGAUGAAAUCAAUCCUACAUAUGAAGAUUUGUUAAAUAAAUUACAAACUAUAGUUCCACCAAAAGGAUUAUCUAGAUUUACAGAAGAUUCUUUAUUACGGUAUGCACAAUUUAUCUGUGAUCAAGUUAUUUCCUUUGAUGCAUCAGCAGGACCAGAAGAUCCUUUGUUAAUUACAAGUCCAUGUAUGCGAGCAUUAGUGACUCUUGCCGGUGUAACAUUAAAUAAAAGAAUUGCAUUACGCAGAACACAAUCUAGAGAUCAAAAAAAUAAAAAAACUACUUGGACGAAAGCUACAACCACAAAAUUAGUUAAUAAUAUGUUUGAAACAUUUUUUUCUGAUCAAAUAGCUACAAAUAGCGAUAAAGAAAUAUCGGGACCGAAAAGACAUAGAUGUGGGAUAUGUGAAACUUGUCAGCAGCCAGAUUGUGGAGUUUGUACAGCUUGUAAAGACAUGAUCAAAUUUGGUGGAUCUGGAAGAAGUAAACAAGCUUGCAACAGAAGAAGAUGUCCAAAUAUGGCUAUACAAGAAGCUGAUGAUUCAGAUCAAGAAGAUGAUGAUUUUAAUGAUACAUUAAUAGAAAAUACAAAAAUUACUCAAAAAAUGAUUUUAAAAGAAUUUAAACAUGUAGAAAAAGAAAUUACAUGGAUGGGAGAAUCUAUAAUAAAUGAUGGUCGGAGAACUUUUUAUAAAUCAGUUAUGGUUGUUGAUGAAGAAAUAAAAGCUAAUGAUUAUGUUUUAAUUGAAUCAAAUGAUCCUACUGUACCAUUACAAAUAGCUAAAGUCAUUUAUAUGUGGGAAGAUAAAAAUGGUGCAAAAUUGUGUCAUGCUAAUUGGUUUCGAAGAGGCAGUGAUACUGUACUUGGUGAAACAUCAGAUUCUUUAGAAUUAUUCUUACUUGAUGAAUGUGAUAAUGUUCCAUUUACUUCAGUUAAAUCCAAAGCUACUGUUAUUUAUAAAACUAAUCCAAAAAAUUGGAAUGAAUUGGGAAAUGCAGAUAUAUUACCAGAAGAUGAAAUACAAAAUAAAGAUGGAAAAACAUUUUUUUAUCAAAAAAAGUAUAUUCCAGAAACAGCUCGUUUUGAGGAUUGUUCUUUGGAUCCUGAAUGCCCGCGAAAAGAAAUCAGUCAUCGGUUUUGUCCUGCUUGUAUACGUUUUACUACAUUACAAUGUUAUUAUACACCAAAAGUUUUUGAUCGGGAAGAAGAGAAGAAUAGCAAAGAAGUGACCUAUAAUAUAGUAAAAUAUAAAAAUGAAGAAUUUAGAGUUGGUUCUGCUGUAUUUUUAAUGCCAGGAGCCAUAAAAUAUAAAUAUACAUCUACAUAUCACAUUUCUCAAAAAAUGAAAAAGGGAAAAGUAGAUGAAGAUAUGUACCCUGAAUAUUAUCGAAAAUCAUCAGAUCAUGUAAAAGGAUCAAAUUAUGAUACACCAGAACCAUUUCACAUUGGAUAUAUAAAUUCAAUUUAUGCAACAACUAAUAAUAAAUUAGUUGCAUCAUCUGAUAUAUGGAUUAAAAUAAAUAAAAUGUAUCGACCAGAAAACACUCACAAAGGACUUACAUUAAUGCAACAAGUUGAUCUUAAUAUGGUAUAUUGGAGUGAUGAAGUUUGUGAUAUUAAGUUUUCGGAUGUAGCUGGAAAAUGUUAUUUGGUAUAUUCAGAAAAUUUAGAUCAAUCUGUAGAAGAAUGGACUACUGCUGGUCCAUAUCGUUUUUAUUUUUCUCAAGCAUAUAAUGCUUCAGAAAAAACAUUUGUCGAUCCACCAUAUUAUGCUAUGAAUAUUGGGAAGUUGGGAAGUGGAAAAGGAAAGGGAAAAGCAAAAUGUAAAAGUAAAAAAUUAGAAACAAAUGAUAAAAAAGUAAUUGAUAAGCCUAUAAAUUAUUGUAAAGUGCCAAAAAAGUUAAAAACAUUAGAUGUUUUUGCUGGUUGUGGUGGAUUAUCUGAAGGACUACGACAAGCUGGUAUUGUAGACAAUCAAUGGGCAAUUGAAAAAGAUGAACCAGCUGCAUGUGCAUAUCGACUCAAUAAUCCCAAUACAACAGUAUUUUGUGAAGAUUGCAAUGUACUUUUACGAAAAGUUAUGAAUGGUGAUCUUUGUGAUAAUAAUGGACAACGCUUACCUCAAAAAGGAGAAGUAGAAUUAUUAUGUGGCGGUCCACCUUGCCAAGGUUUUAGUGGCAUGAAUCGUUUUAACUCACGGCAAUAUUCUCUAUUUAAAAAUUCUUUAGUAGUAUCAUGUUUGUCUUAUUGUGAUUAUUAUAGACCAAAAUUUUUUAUUAUGGAAAACGUUAGAAACUUUGUAUCAUUUAAAAGAAGUAUGGUACUAAAAUUAACAUUAAGGUGCCUUGUACGAAUGGGUUAUCAAUGUACGUUUGGUAUUUUACAAGCUGGAAAUUACGGUAUUCCACAAACAAGAAGAAGAUUAAUAAUAUUAGCUGCUGCACCUGGAGAAGUUCUUCCAAAAUAUCCUGAACCAACUCAUGUAUUUAGUAAGCGAGCAUGUCAACUAAGCGUUAUUGUUGAUAAUAAAAAAUAUUCAUCAAAUUGUGAUUGGAUGGAAUCAGCACCAUAUAGAACAAUUAGUGUUCGCGAUGCGAUGUCUGAUUUACCUAAUAUUCGAAAUGGAUGGAACAAUGAAGAAAUAGCUUAUAGUGAUGAACCAAUAUCACAUUUUCAAAGAAAAGUAAGACCUAAAGAACCUGAUACAAUAUUAAGAGAUCAUAUUUGUAAAGAUAUGGCUCCAUUAGUUGAAGCAAGAAUAGCACAUAUUCCAACUGCAAGUGGAUCUGAUUGGCGAGAUUUGCCGAAUAUUAUAGUCCGUUUAAGUGAUGGAACAUACUCAAAAAAAUUAGAAUAUAUGUAUCAUGAUAAGAAAGCAGGUAAAAGUUCUACUGGAGCACUUCGAGGUGUAUGUAGUUGUUGCAUGGGUAAAAUGUGUGAUCCAAUUGCUAGACAAUAUAAUACUUUAAUUCCAUGGUGUUUACCACAUACUGGAAAGCGCCAUAAUCAUUGGGCAGGUUUAUAUGGCAGAUUAGAAUGGGAUGGAUUUUUUGGUACUACUAUUACUAAUCCUGAACCUAUGGGUAAACAGGGUCGUGUUUUACAUCCGGAACAAACUAGAGUUGUGAGCGUAAGGGAAUGUGCACGAUCACAAGGUUUUCCAGAUUCUUUUCGUUUUUAUGGAAAUAUACUUGAUAAACAUCGUCAAAUUGGUAAUGCAGUUCCACCACCAUUAGGUGCUGCUUUAGGUUUCGAGAUUAGAAAGUGUUUAAAAAAUGACAAUAUAUUAAAAGCAAAAAUUGAAGAUUUUCACGAUUGAUAACAAUAUAUUAUAAGCAUAAACUUUAUGAAAAAAACUUUAAAUAUUAUUUAAAAUCUUAAUAAUAGUUUCUAAGUUAAAAUUUAUUUUAUCUAUAUAAAUUUACCCAUAUGUGUUCAGUAAAGACAUAAACAAAUGUUUUUACUAGUUAUAUGACCAAAAGUAUUAUGUGAUGCAUAUUUUUAUGCAAUAUUAGCGGUAAAAACAACGUAUUCCAGUAUAUGUAAUUUUCAAGGAUAAAUAUAUCAGUAUUUUAAGUUAACUUAA